AUGACUUCUGAUCCUGAAAGACCCGAAUCUCCGUCAUUCGAUGAUAGGCGCCCUAGUAAUGACGAGUGCACUCGCCCUAAUGAUAUUGCCGGUCCGCACUAUAGAUCCACUUGUACUCUUCAAUCCCUCGAGCGGUUGAGAGAGCUUUGCUGGAUUCCGCCGGAAAUUAUGGCGGAAGCACAAAUAGCUGCCCCCACAGAAUCCCCAGAGAACCAUCGCGAUGGUUACUUCUGUGUGUACGAGAUUUAUUUCAAGGGUUGCGGAUUAACCUUCCCGCUUCCCGAAGCCCUGGUUCGGUACUUGGCGGUUCUCGAGAUCGCUCUUCCUCAAUUGACCCCCAAUCUUCUCCGAACCAUACUUGGAAUUAUAACAGUAGCGGCGAAAGCCGGAUACAUUAUAGGGGUCCCCGAGUUGAAUGAGCUUCUAAGCGUGAGAAGUUCAUCGAAGAAGACAGGAUUGACACCUCGACGUGAACGUCACGAUGACCGUCCUCCCCGGAGGCUUCAAUCUCCUAACCGUGAUUCUCAUCGUUCUUCCCGGGAUGACUUUAGCAACGAACCGCUCAAGGAUUUAAUUCGCAAAAAGAGGGACAGGUCAUCCCGCAGUGGUUCUUCUCCGCGAAGAGAGAAGUCAAGGGCCCGGACUGACCGUUCUCCUCGAUCGUCCCUUCCUACUGAACCAAUGGGUCUGCCUCGUCCUGUUGAUAUGUCUUCUUCUUCUCAACGUAGUGGUGAGAAGACGAACCUGGGUGCAGCUUCUCAGAAGGAUACCAUGGAGAAAGAAGGUAACGUUUUUCGGUGCUUCAAAACCCGGUCAGGUGCGAUCCUGCCGGAAUUCAACAAGUGGCGCUCUGCAAUUCGUGAACGAUACCUACUUCAUGCUCAUCAUUCAUCUCGGGACAAGUUUUCUAAUCUCGAGGUUGACCUCCGCUCUUCUACCGACUCCAAGCAUGAUUUGGAGGACAAGGUUGAUGGUCUAUCGUCCGAGCUUGCGAAGAUAAAAGGGGAGCUACAGGACCAGUACGACCAAAAUUUCAAACUCCAGGGUGAGCUUUCUGGUGUUCAGGGUAGACUUCAUGAAUCCGAAUCAACCGCCGACACCCUGAACAACCAGCUUAUUGAGCUUAACGCGAAGUACAAGGUGAUUACCAAAUUACGUGACUCCGAGUUGGCAAGGUCGGCAUCGAAGGCCAGGAAGGAGGUUAAGGGACGCGGGAUGGAAUUGAUCCAAGGGGCCAUCCACUUCAUGCAGACCGAGAAGGCUAGGUCAGACUUGGAAUCAGACAUCAAGGAGCAUGAGAGCGACCUGAUUCUGUUGGAUCAAAUCCAUGAAACAGAUUUCUCCGAGGAGCAAGAAAGGAUCGAACUGUCGACUAAUCUUUCUGAAAAGCGGAGUCGCUUGACAGCUCUUCCCACUUCGACCUUCAACCCGCAUGACUUCGAGGAAUUCUUUACUGAAUCACCUCCUAUAAGUGAAUCGGGUUUAGACUGGGCAGGUAACGCUUGGCUUCUGACGCUUACCACCCUUUUCUUACCUUACGUUUUUUUUUAAAUUAACUGGAACCGUCCUUCCCAGGCUCAAGUGAGACGGAAGAUGUCGUCCCACCCGAAGUUCCUGUGACACCGGAGGUCAUCCCGGAGGAUGGUUGUACUGUGGAGAGCGGACCAGGAGUUUCAUCUGACCAAGCACCUGCCAAGGAGGCGAAUGAAGCUUCGACUGUUGAGCCGGAUU